AAGCGGCCGUCCGGGGAGGGGAGCGGAGGCGAUGGAGCCGGCCAAGAUGGCGUCUCCCAAGAGCGCGCCGAAAGACGCGCAGGUGAUGGCGCAGAUCCUGAAGGACAUGGGCAUCACGGAGUACGAGCCGCGCGUCAUCAACCAGAUGCUGGAGUUCGCCUACAGGUAUGUGACAACUAUACUGGAAGAUGCAAAAAUUUACUCGAGCCAUGCAAAGAAAUCCAGCGUCGAUGCAGAUGACGUGAGGUUGGCAAUUCAGUGUCGAACAGAUCAGUCGUUCACAUCUCCGCCUCCAAGAGACUUCUUGUUAGAUAUUGCAAGGCAGAAAAACCAGACGCCGUUGCCAUUGAUAAAGCCUUAUUCUGGACCCAGGCUUCCGCCUGACAGAUACUGCUUGACAGCCCCCAACUACAGACUGAAGUCUUUACAGAAGAAGGUCUCCUCCUCUGCAGGGAGAAUAACAGUCCCUCGCCUGAGUGUUGGUGCUGUGAGCAGCAGGCCCAGCACUCCUACUUUAGGUACACCUUCAGCACAAACAGUAUCCGUCUCAACAAAAGUUGGCACUCCAGUGUCGCUGACUGGUCAGAGGUUCACCGUACAGAUCCCGUCUUCUCAGGCAGCAGUCAAGUCAGCCACACCGACUACUCCAACAGUUCAGAAUGUUCUAAUUAAUCCUUCGUUAAUUGGACCAAAGAACAUUCUUAUUACUACAAAUAUGGUGUCAUCACAGAAUACAUCUAAUGAAUCGAAUCCCUUGAAAAGGAAGCAUGAAGAUGAUGACGACUAUGAUAACUUGUGAAGAGACUGUCCCGUCCCCUUCCGUUCUUCAGUGAUUCAUAUUGAGUCUGACGGGUUUUGCCAGGAGUUCUUUGUAAGCAACGUGCGAGCGUGUAAAUACUCUGUUAAAAUGCAGUUGGGUGCGGAGUGAGAGAGAGAGAUCAUUGCCUGUGGAAAAAGGGAAAAGCAGCUACUCUUUUCCUGUGUCCUGUAAUGUCUUUUGAGCUUCAGCAGCAACGGUGAGCACUGUUAGACAGGAGAGCAGGCUUCGCGUCUCUUCUGUCGCCUGAUUUCUAACAGACGUGUCCGUGUCUCUGAAGCCUGGUGAGCCAGGUGCUUGUAGUACUGCCCCGUGCCAAGUAAAAAUAAUUUUUAGAAAACA